AUGUCGUUCCAACUACUACCGAGUGUCAGCGGUGCCGUGGUCAAGGAUACCUUGAGAUGGGGGUCGGCUCAAGACGUAGGUCUCGACCCGUUCUAUGUCGGUGCCUUUGCGGACGUCGCGAUCGUGAAUACUACGUUCUAUGAGGGAUCCAACCAUUCCAUCAUGCCGGGGGCGGUCACCCUUGCAGUGCAGGACGGAGUUGUUGUGUCGCAUCAGGCUACUGGAUAUGCGUACAAGUAUGCUGAUUAUAAUGGAACAUACCUACCUUGGUGGGAAAUGAUUCCCAUGACGAGGGAUACCAUAUUCGACUUGGCUUCACUCACGAAGAUGUUUACCGGUACUGUAGCAGGUACCCUAAUGGACGAAGGACUGUUAACCUUGAAUGCUUCUGCCGCAUCCUACGUCCCGCUCUUCGCCUCUAACGGCAAAGGCAAGCAUAAUAUUACUAUCUUGAACCUGUUCACUCACACCUCUGGUCUACUGCCCGACCCUGUACCAGACCUAUGGACAAAUUAUAGCUCAAUAGAGGAACGAAUUGAAGCGUUCUUGACGACGACCCCCGAGGCACCUCCCAAUACGGAAUACGUUUACAGCGAUAUCAAUUUCAUGACUCUGGGUCACAUAUGCGAAGUCUUGACGAAUAAGACGUUAGACGCGCUAAUUCGUGAACGCAUAACGGAACCGCUCGGCAUGUCUAGCACUCGUUUCAACCCGCCUGAGGAGUGGAAGUCCAAGAUUGCUCCAACAGAGUAUCAGUACGGCCUACCGGACGGAGUGGGAGAGCUUGAACCUAGAAGGCCACAGCCAGUUUGGGGAUCGGUGCAUGACGAGAACGCGUGGGCUCUUGGAGGGGUGUCCGGACAUGCCGGUCUGUUCAGUACGGCGUACGACCUCGCCAUAUUCAGUCAGAUGAUUCUCAACAACGGAACAUACGGAGGAAAAAGGAUCCUUCAGCCUGAAACUGUCGAUAAGUUCUUCUACAAUUAUAACACUGCAUUCCCUGGGGAUGAUCAUGGGCUCGCAUGGGAGAUCAAUCAGUACUAUUGGGGUGGCCUGCUCGCGACUAAUCAGACCAUUGGUCACACGGGUUAUACGGGUACGAGCAUUGCGAUCAAGCGGGAUACCAACACAAUAGCGAUUCUGCUUACCAAUCGCGUUCACCCGAAUCGGAACUGGGGGAGCAAUAAUCCAGCUCGUGAGGCGGUCGGGACAAUGCUCGCGCAUUCGCUAGGUAUCUUCUAA